AUGGCUCACCAUAUUACAUUUCUUUGCUUAGUUUUGGUCCUGCUUCUCCAGAAUUCUGUGUUAGCUGAAGAUGGGGAAAUAAGAUCAAGUUGUCGUACUGCUCCGACAGAUUUAGUUUUCAUCUUAGAUGGCUCUUAUAGUGUUGGCCCAGAAAACUUUGAAAUAGUAAAAAAGUGGCUUGUCAAUAUCACAAAAAACUUUGACAUAGGACCGAAGUUUAUUCAAGUUGGAGUGGUUCAGUAUAGUGACUACCCUGUGCUGGAGAUUCCCCUUGGCAGCUAUGAUUCAGGAGAGCCUCUGAUGGCAGCAAUGGAAUCCAUACACUAUUUAGGAGGAAACACAAGGACUGGGAAGGCCAUUCAGUUUGCACUCGAUUACCUUUUUGCCAAAUCCUCACGAUUUCUGACUAAGAUAGCAGUGGUGCUUACGGAUGGAAAAUCCCAAGAUGAAGUCAAGGAUGCAGCAGAAGCAGCAAGAGACAGUAAGAUAACAUUAUUUGCCAUUGGUGUUGGUUCAGAAACAGAGGAUGCAGAACUUAGAGCUAUUGCCAAUAAACCCUCGUCUACUUACGUGUUUUAUGUGGAAGACUAUAUUGCAAUAUCCAAAAUAAGGGAAGUGAUGAAGCAGAAACUUUGUGAAGAAUCUGUCUGUCCAACACGAAUUCCAGUGGCAGCUCGCGAUGAGAAGGGAUUUGAUAUUCUUUUAGGUUUGGGUGUAAAGAAAAAGGUUAAGAAAAGAAUCCAGCUUUCACCGACAAAGAUAAAAGGAUAUGAAGUAACAUCAAAAGUUGAUUUAUCAGAAUCCACAAGCAAUGUUUUCCCAGAAGGUCUUCCUCCAUCAUAUGUAUUUGUCUCUACUCAGAGAUUUAAGGUCAAGAAAAUGUGGGAUCUAUGGAGAAUAUUAACCAUUGAUGGAAGGCCACAGAUAGCAGUUACCUUAAAUGGUGUGGACAAAACCUUAUUAUUUACAACAACCAGCAUAAUUAAUGGGUCACAAGUGGUCACUUUUGCUGACCCUCAAGUUAAGACUUUAUUUGAUGAAGACUGGCACCAAAUUCGUCUCUUAGUAACAGAGAAAGAUGUAACUCUGUACAUCGAUGAUCAACAAAUUGAAAACAAGCUCUUACACCCAGUUUUAGGGAUCUUCAUCAGUGGGCAAACCCAAAUUGGAAAAUAUUCUGGGAAAGAAGAAACUGUUCAGUUUGACGUCCAAAAGUUGCGAAUCUACUGUGACCCAGAACAGAACAACCGAGAGACAGCAUGUGAGAUUCCUGGAUUUAAUGGAGAGUGCCUUAAUGGUCCCAGCGAUGUAGGUUCUACUCCAGCUCCCUGUAUUUGUCCUCCGGGAAAACCAGGACUACAAGGCCCCAAAGGUGACCCUGGACUGCCUGGGAACCCUGGCUACCCUGGACAACCCGGUCAAGAUGGUAAGCCUGGAUAUCAGGGAAUUGCAGGAUCACCAGGUGUUCCAGGAUCUCCAGGAAUACAAGGAGUUCAAGGACUGCCGGGUUACAAAGGAGAGCCAGGGAGAGAUGGUGAAAAGGGUGCAAAAGGUGAAAAGGGGAAUGCUGGCUUCCCUGGCCUUCCUGGACGCGCUGGAGAACCAGGAAGACAUGGAAAGGAUGGAUUAAUGGGUAGUCCUGGUUUUAAGGGAGAAGCAGGAUCACCUGGUGCUCCGGGGCAGGAUGGACCUCGAGGAGAACCUGGAAUCCCAGGAUUUCCUGGAAACCAAGGAUUAACGGGCCAAAAGGGAGAAAUUGGGCCUCCAGGACCACUAGGAAAAAAAGGAGCUCCAGGGAUGCCCGGUUUGAUGGGAAGCAAUGGCUCACCAGGUCAGCCUGGAACACCAGGAUCUAAGGGGAACAAAGGUGAACCUGGCCUUCAAGGGAUGCCUGGGGCUUCUGGGCUCAAGGGAGAACCAGGAGCAAUAGGCCUCCCAGGAGAACCGGGAUACAUGGGUUUGCCUGGAAUUGAAGGAAAAAAGGGGGACAAAGGAAAUCAAGGUGAAAAAGGUGUUCAGGGUCAAAAGGGAGAAAAUGGAAGACAAGGAAUACCAGGGCAACAGGGAAUUCAAGGCCAUCAUGGUAUAAAAGGAGAGAGAGGUGAAAAGGGAGAACCUGGUGUCAGAGGUGCCAUUGGACCAAAAGGAGAAUCUGGGGUAGAUGGCCUGAUGGGGCCUUCGGGUCCCAAGGGGCAACCUGGGGAAAUAGGUCCUCAGGGACCUCCCGGUUUGGAUGGGAAGCCUGGAAGAGAAUUUUCAGAACAAUUUAUUCGACAAGUUUGCACUGACGUAUUAAGAGGUCCAGAGGGCCCUCCUGGAAUAAGCAAAGAAGGUCCUCCGGGAGAUCCAGGUGUCCCUGGCAAAGAUGGAGAUCAUGGAAAACCUGGAAUCCAAGGGCAACCAGGCCCCCCUGGCAUCUGUGACCCAUCACUAUGUUUUAGUGUAAUUGUCGGGAGAGAUCCAUUUAGGAAAGGACCAAACUAUUAG